GACCGACCCAGAUGUGUGCUUUCCCCGCACGACAUGUCAAGGAACAUCGGGUUGCUGGACCUCAGAGGCCUAUUGUCGGGGCCAAGUGCAGUUGCUUCUCUCCUCACUACUUGCAAUCACUUUGGGCUACUGCCCGAGGGAUUCUAACGAAGAGAGGAACAGGAAUAUAAAUACCCCGAGCCUCUCUUAUGGUAUCUUGAUCUUUCCUGCAACCACGUUUAUUCUAAACAGUUCUGUACUCGCUUUCUGUCCAAGGCUCCAAGCCAUGAUGCCUCAGUUUCCUACAUGGGCAUUUUCUUUCACCAGCGUGCUCUAUCCAGCCCUGGUCGGUGCCGCCAGUGCCAACCCUUCUAGUCACGACUUGACCGUUUUCUUCCACAACAACGGCAACUGGUCUACGCAUGGAACACAGCCCAGCGCACUUUUUGUCAAUGCCGCUGUUAGCUAUUCUGAAGCCGUCAGUGCCUGUGAGGCCUACAAUGAGACGCUGUUGAGCUGUGAGGACUUCAGUGCCUACGCGUAUGAAUUUUCCUACCAGCAAUAUCUUGGGGUCAUCAAUGAUAACCAGACCUUUUGGUCUUCAUGCUCAUCUGAUCCCGUGAAUUGGCGAGGUACCACGUCCAAACCAGGUUCUGCUGCAUUCCUCUGCACGAAUAGCGCCCCCUUUGUCAGCGUCGUUGAUACGGACUAUUCCAAAUUUCCCACCAUUAGUGUAAAGAGCAAUGGCACUGUUUUUGAAGGUCUUCGGGACCACAUGGCGUUUCGCUUCAUUGGGAUCCCCUUUGCCAAGCCACCCACGGGCGCGCUACGCUUUAGAUAUGCUGAGGACUGGAAUGGAAGCUACGUGAAUGCAACACGUUACAGUGCCGGCUGUCUGCAAUACGGCUGGUUCGACGGUAACGCGUAUGGACUGAAUCCUUGGGGCAACAGUGAGGAUUGCUUGUACUUGAAUGUGUACAGCUCCUCGCUUCCUGCGGCCAAUUCUUCGGCGCCCCUCAAACCGGUGAUGCUCUGGUAUCAUGGUGGUGGUCAGACCACUGGGACUGGUACCGACUCUACCUUUGACGGAGCCAGCCUGGUCAGUCGCUCAGAUGUCGUGCUCGUCGUGCCUAAUUAUAGACUCAACAUCUUUGGAUAUCUUACCACCGGUGACGAUAUUAUCCCGGGGAAUUAUGCUCUGACUGAUAAGCUGUCUGCGCUGCGAUGGGUGCAGAAGCACAUUGCUGAUUUUGGCGGGGACCCCAACAAUGUCACCAUCUUUGGCCAAUCUGCUGGCGGUGGCUCCGUUAUUGAUGUACUUACCUCUCCGAAGGGAGAGGGCCUGUUCAACGGGGUUAUUCUCCAGUCUGCUGGACGUGGCCAUGACACGACCCCUGAGGUUGCUGCUGCUACCAAUGUGCCCGUUCUGGAUCGGUAUUGCAAUAACACUGGGUACGAGAGACUGCAGUGCCUGCAGGAACUCCCUGCGGAGACGCUCCUUAACUUGACUUAUAGUGAGCUCACUUCGUGGAAGACCAUUGUCGACCAGAUCUACGUGCCUGAUAUACCCUGGGCUCAGUUGGCCAAGGGCCAGCCGUACAUCAGCCGCAACAUCAAGUACCUGAGCGGGCAUAUGCCGGAGGAAGCCCAGUCUUUGCUGGAAACCCUGCUGAAUCCGAAUGUCACGAGCUGGGAAGAGAACCUGGAGAUUCUCUUGAAUAACUCGCAGAUCACCCCUAAGCAGGCGGAAGCAAUUGUGACUUCGGGCCAAUGGCAGAUCGAGGGCUAUCCCAGCAAUUAUACCAGUGAUCUGGCCAAGACCUUCUCCGAUGUCUACAACGCCAGCAUCAACGUUGCAACUGAUGCUCAGAUAACCUGCCUGGGGUAUGAGUUUCACGAGAUCGGUGCUGCAGUCAGUGCUUUCGAGGUGCAGUGGAUCUACGUGAUGCAUCGGGGCUACGCGCUUUCUUAUUACGACUACUAUGACCUCUGCACAUUUCCUGUCGGCAAGCCCGAGACGCCAUACUACCGAUGCCACUCGAGUGACCUGUAUGAGGUGUUUGGCACUUACUAUCUGUUUGAUCAGCCCGUUCGGGUAGACGAGGAUGUCUACUACACCAACGCUGUGCAAGACAUGUGGGCAUCGUUUGCUCGCACCGGAAAUCCCAACGUCAAUACGGAGUAUCUUAAAGCUCGGGGGUAUAACAGCACCUUGGAAUUCUUCGAGAAUUGGUCGUGGCCCGAAUAUACGACGUACAGUCCGGAAAUUGCGAACCUGCAGUAUCCUCCGUUGGCGCAGUCGAUGCUCCCUGACCUGGCACAUUGCAAGAUUUUGCUUCCGUAUACUACCUUGAUCUAGGAGUUGAUGGAGGAAUAGAUAGCUAUCCUAGGUGUGCGCAUUGCCAGUGUGCUUAUGGAGUGUUGUCGUGGACAUUCGCAGAUCAGUUGAAUUAUAUACAGCUUGCAAAAUAAACUAUCAAGCUUCUAG